GUAUGUGAUUUUCGUUAGAGACACCGUUGCACCUCCAUCUCAGUCAGAUUUAAUAAGUGCGCUUGGUCGUUAGUGGUUAAUAACGUUGUUUCAGCUAUUCGGAUAAUAUUUGAAAUUGAAGUGCUCGAAACAACUCUGUAAAUAUGAACGAAACUUCUUCUGUUAAUGCAACUUCUAUUUUUGAUUUACUUUCGUUGGACAAUGAAGUGUUCAGGAGUUACAUUUUUUAUUCAUCACUGUUGGUUAUGAAGGUUUUUUUGCUAGUCCCACUGACCGCAAUUCAACGAAUAAAGUACAUGAACUUUGCCAAUCCCGAAGACACUAAAAUCAGGAUUGGAUUUUUACCAAAACCAUCCGUCUCAUUGAACAACGAACACAUCGAACGUAUACGAAGGGCACACCUGAAUGACUUAGAAAACAUACCGUUUUUCGUGUUUUCCGCAUUUUUCUACAUUCUAACUGGACCCAGCGUAUUUGUAGCCACAACGUUGUUCAAGAUAGUCACUCUGCUCAGAUUUGUGCACACGUUCGUUUAUGCAGUGAUCGUCAUUCCGCAACCUGCUCGAUUUUUAUCGUUCAUCAUUCCCUACUUUUUGAUGUUUCAUAUGUGUUUUACAGCGGUGAUACAUUUUUGGGAUGAAAAUUAAAGUUUUGAUUUGAAACAUACGCAAAGCGGCGUAA